UUGGCUAAAACAAAGCCAGCCAGCCCCAUCCAUAACCAUGGAGUAAAAGGGGAAAGGCUUACGAUUUUCAUUGCAUAGCAGUCUGAAACUCAAAAUCUCACGCACCCAGAAAGAAAGGAACUUUGAUUCACACGGUAAUCAAGGAUUCAAGAACUAAUAUAGUUAAUAACAAGCAUUUGGAAGUUUUAGAUUGUCUUGAGUUAAAAGUUCGAGUCUUGGAAUUUUGCUUAUCGUCGAUCAAAUGGAGGCUGAAAGAGUUAAUGUUUUGUGUUAGGUUGAAUUCUCCAAGUACAUCCGUAAUUACUUUUGAAGUAUUGGGUCAUCAACUACACUUCUCUCAGGAUCCUAAUUCCAAACAUUUAGGAACAACAGUUUGGGACACAUCAAUGGUGUUUGCCAAAUUUCUGGAGAAGAAUUGCAGAAAGGGAAGGUUUUGCCCGUCUAAACUUAAAGGAAAGCGCGUUAUUGAACUUGGAGCAGGUUGUGGAGUAGCGGGGUUUGGAAUGGCAUUGCUGGGAUGUGAUGUAGUUUCUACAGACCAAAUCGAGGUUGUGCCAUUGUUGAGGAGAAAUGUAGAACGCAAUACUUCAAGGAUAUUGCAGAUGAAUUCUUGUUCAGAUUCAUUUGGAUCAAUUAAGGUCGCGGAGUUGGACUGGGGAAAUGAAGAUCAUAUAAAAGCUGUUGGUCCACCAUUUGACUACGUUAUUGGUACAGAUGUUGUUUACGCGGAGCAUCUCGUGGGACCUUUAUUGCAGACAAUAAUCGCAUUAUCAGGCCCCAAAACCACAAUUAUGUUGGGUCAUGAGAUCCGUUCUACUAGUGUCCAUGAGCAGAUGCUUCUGACCUGGAAAAAUUUCUUUGAAGUGAAGAUUGUCUCAAAAGCCAAGAUGGACAGUAAGUACCAACAUCCGAGUAUUCAACUCUUCAUUAUGGGACUAAAGCCCCCACCUGUUACGGCAGACAGUGCUGUUAGCACAGAGAAGCAGGAGAAAACGGAUUGGGGAAUUGACGACCAAGUUAACGAGACUGAAAGUAGUUCUUCGGUUGAUGAUCUCUUGGUGACAAGACUCCCUGAUGGGAAGCUUAAUGAAUGGCACGCAAGAAGAUACGGCUCGAUGGCUGCUCGACUUCUACGAGACAUAAAGUUAACUUAAAAUUUUCCGGUUUUGUUGUGUUAAAUUUUUCUCAACUGUUAUAUUCCUAAUGCCGGACAGUUUAUCAUUAUUUUGAAUACAAGUUUGUUUCUUGAAA